CUCUUCUCUUCUCUUUUCUUCUGUUAUAUCGCCUGAAACUGAUACAUAACAGUCUACACUCUAUCCGCUAGGUUGUACCACUUGCGCUGCUACGCCAAUAAUGUUUGCGAGGCAAUAUAAGGGAAUUUUUCCCCUGAAACGCCAUCUUGGGCUUUGCCCAAGGAAACUAAAAUGUAACAACAGGAAUGGUGGAAGUACUUUCCCCCACCUCAUGAUUUUCCCUAGGGACGUUUUCAGCAGUGUAGUUUGCGAAAGUAGAAUGGUGAAAACGGACGACGUGGUUUGAAACUGAUUGAUUUCAUGAUAAUUGAUAAAGCCAGGAAAUUAAUUUUAUGAGUGCCAGUGGCAACAGUGUCAAACAGUCUACUGCAGUGUACAUAGAGAAAUCUCAUAAGAUAGACCGAGAGACAGCGCGCACAGAACACAACUAUGUCGAUAUCAAAAGAGCAAGUGGAACAGCUAAUCGCUUCAGAUGCAGUGGUAAUAUUCUCUAAAACACAAUGUCCGUAUUGUAAAAUGGCCAAACAGGUGUUUGAUAACAUGCAGAAGAAAUAUACUGCCAUCGAGUUGGACGAAAGAGAGGAUGGGGAUGAAAUUCAAAGCAUAUUGGGUGACAUGACGGGUGCUAGAACAGUUCCUAGAGUGUUUGUCAAAGGAGUAUGUUUGGGAGGUGGCACAGAUAUAAAGAGAUUAUAUGAGAGCGGAGAGCUGCAAAAGAAACUUUAAUUCUUUACUCCUACACAUAUUUUACAUCGUAAGAGUAAUUUGUAUGCCCAGGCUUUUUCUUUAAAUUAAUAAAGAUGGUUGUUUGUACAAUAAGGAAAA